AUAAGCAGUAAUUCUGCUGUUGCGUAACGUCGAUCUUUUGCAUGUCGUCGUCUUCUCUGAGGACAGUUUUGGUUACCAAGACGUGACAUUUCCAAGAAUAUCAUCACACAUCCACUUGAGUAUAUAUGAUUCUUACUGCCUAAACUGUGGAUUUAUGGUCAAAUUAUUUUGUUGAAAACUAAACCGCAAAGUAGGUUCAGUUGUGAGUACAAACGAAAUUUUAGCUGAGACUUCUUAUCUUGCACUGUGGAAGUAACAAGACUCCGCCAUCAUAUGACUAAGAACCUUUCGAAUUUGACGUAAUACAGCAGAAGUAUGAGGAGAUCGGUGUAUGCAUUAAGAACAAGCAUUAACCAUGCUUCAGUGAAUAGAAUGUUAUCAAAAGAUGCGGUCGAGGCAGUGAAACCCAAACGAAGGAUAUUCAGGAAGAUGAUUGUGGGCGUGACAGGGUUGUCUGCUGUAGCUGCGGGCGUCACUUAUGCUACCAUGGAUAGCGCUGCUCGGAGAAGAGCGUACGUCACUGCUGAAGGAUUUCUGAGAUUUUUCAGAACAUUUUACAUUGGAACAAGAAUCUCAUUGGAUUAUAAAUGGAGUUUGUGGAGACUGGAAGAUGGCAGCCAAGAAUAUAAAGAAGCCUUUAGAGCUUGUAACAGAAGAACGGGAGAUCUAUUAUUGAAGGGUUGUUUGAAGAACGGUGGUCUCUACAUCAAGCUGGGGCAGUACAUGGUGACUGCUAACUACAUCCUACCUAAGGAAAUACUUCAGAAGCUUGCAACACUUCAGGAUAAAGCUCUCACAAGGGAAUAUAAGGAGCUUGAUAGACUGUUCAAGGAAGAGUUUGGGAAGACCCCUGAUGAGCUGUAUGCGGAGUUUGAUCCUGAGCCCAUAGCAGCUGCCAGCCUAGCCCAGGUACAUAGAGCUAAGACCCAUGAAGGAGAUGAUGUAGCUGUCAAGGUACAGUACAUUAACCUGAGGGAUCAGUAUCCCGGUGACCUUCGAACCCUAGAGAUUAUUCUGGAUAUAAUCCAUUGGAUGCACCCAAAGUCUUUGAAUUUCAAGGAUAUAUUAAUGGAUCUAGAAGAGCCUUUGGCUAAGGAGCUGGACUUUGAAAAUGAAGGCAGGAAUUCGGAACUCUGUUCUAAGCAGCUGAAACACCUUGACUAUGUCUAUGUACCAAAGGUCUACUGGAAUCUAACUAAUAAGAGGAUCUUAACGAUGGAAUUUGUGAAUGGACAUAAAGUCUCAGAAAAAGAGAAAUUGCAAGAAGAUGGUUUUAGUCUUGCAGAGGUGGAUGAAAAGCUAAUCAAGGUAUUUGGAGAGCAGAUUUUUCAUACUGGCUUCGUCCAUGCAGAUCCCCAUCCUGGAAAUGUACUUGUCCGCAAGAAUAAGAAAGGAAAGGCUGAACUGGUAGUCCUGGACCAUGGCUUAUAUGAAGAAGUUACACCCAAGAUCCGUAUUGCCUUCGGCCAGUAUUGGAGAGCCAUUAUUUUGAAGAAUGAACAAGCCAUGAUUCAACAUGCCAAUGAGUUAGGCAUUGAAGAAUACCUGUUAUUCGCCAUGAUGCUGAUUCAACGACCCCUCAACAUGAAAGCCAAGCGAGGUAGUCACCUGACCUUCAAUCUGUCCAAUGAGGAGCUCCGUAAGCUUCAGCGCGAGAUCAGGAAUGAGAUGCACAAUCUCGAAGAUAAGAUGGAGGAAUUUCAGGCGAGAAUGAAUGAAUUCAUGGAAAGCUUCCCUAAUUGUCUCUAUCUCAUCUUUAGGAAUAUGAACACAGUGCGAUACAUUGACAGAGCCUUGGGCACUCCUGUGGACUAUCUACUGACUAUGGGAAGAUGUGCUGCAGGCGGCUCUGUAUUCCUACCUCAAGAUAGAUCUUUAAAGGGUCGUCUACAUGCUUUCUGGCAGCGUUUUGUAUAUGACUUCACUCUCAGGUCGGAUCAACUAAUCCAUAGGAUAAGCAUGGCUUUCUUCUCCGUCAUGGUCAGAUUAGGAUGGGUGUCUUUCAAACCCCCUGGUAAAAGUACGAAUGCUGGUGAUAUAUUUGGCAGUCUGAUGCCACCUCGGGCCAAACCAUCGACCUCAUAAUAUAUCGACCCCAAUCUGACCGACUGUUCAACUCAACUGGCAUUUGCUCAAGGAUGUUGGUGACCUUCCUGUGAAUGUAUUGGAUUAAGGUCGAACAGAUAAAAAGUGACGUCUUCCAAAGUUGACAUUCCAUUAAGCCUUGCUUGCACCUUUGCAUUUUGGGCUUGCAUUCAGCUUCGCAUUGCCUGAACGCAAACAAAUGCAAUCAAACGCAAUACAACGCAGUAAAACAAGCUAAUACGAGGUAAAUAUGCAUUCUUACGCAGAGGCCUUGCAUUCUAGUUUGUUAGUUCGAAAUUUUUUCGAAGAGCCACUACCGAACGCAACCAAACACAACCAAAACUCAUAUGAGCAAAUUUGAGUGGCAACGAGCAAAUGCAAGCAAGAAUGAUCAACAGAAAGCGGCUUAUGCAGACAUUAACUCAAUGUUAGUGCUAGAUUUACCUGAAAUAUCCUUGCUUUACUACGAGCAACUUUGCAUGAGAUCCGAUAAGCUCGUAAGCAAAAGUGUGAUUGCGAACGAAUAUUUUGCUGCGAAUAUGCUGCGUUAGGUUGCAUAUUGCUUUUCCAGGCUAACGCAGCGAUAUGCAGCUUAAAACACAAAGGUGUGAGUCAGACUUCAAUCGAAUGAUCAGCCAUUAAAGGUUUUUUUUCAGACAGAUUUCUCCAUUCCCAACAGGUUGGGAUUCACCGGGGGCUUGUUGCGGAAAAGUUAUUAUAAACCUCCCUUGAAGAUGCCAAAGAAUCCUUUUCUCCGAUUGGUCAAAAGUGGGGUCAUGUGUUUGACCAUGCCUGCAAAACAAACUAAGGUGGUCACCAAGGGCAAUGAGGAUGAUUAACAAGAAUUCUGCCCAUUAUCCCCAAUCGCCCCCAUAGCAACAGGCAUAAUUAAAUCUAAAUCUUGACCUUGCCUUACAGAUUUCUGCCAUUUGAGCUUUUCAGCUGGAGACACUUUACACCAUAAUGGUAUAAUGGUUACUGUCACCCAGGCUUAUAUCAAACUGAAAUAUUGAUAUUAGGAUAUGAUUUUUUAGGAUCUUUCCUCAUAUCUAUCUGUUAUUUUAUAACAACUCUAUUUUCAUCUGUCUUUAUUACGAUGUAAAGAUGACUAACAGUGUAAAUUCACGGUAUUUUCACAGUAUGUAUUUUCAUGAUCUACCAUGAAAACUAUGUUUUUGUGGUUUUACUACCAUGUUACCACAAAAAAUUAUACUAUUUUGCAAGGGGGUGUUCUUUGUUCUUUUAUUUUUCUUUUAUCUUUACCAAACUUUGGGCCUCAGAUGGAAUUUGCAUUACAUGUAUUUCUUUAUUAUAUUUAUGUACAGCAUAUAGAUCAAGAAGCUUUUGAAAACAUGAUGCAAGAUGAAGUGAGACAGCCAUGUCCUAUGUUCUUUCAUUGUGUCUUCACAUGAUCUCUAUUAUCAAAGUGUGUGAUUUUUUUUAAUCUUAAAUUAUUGUAUUUCAUAAAAUGCUAAUACCAAUCGUUUUGUAUAUCUUCCAAUCAGUGAUCAUUAGCUAUGAAUAUGUUGAGAGAGAAAUGUAUUAAAUGUUAAUAAUAAUGUUAAAUAAUCAUUGGAAUUACAGUAAUCAUUUGUCAAUAUAUAUCUACGUGAAGUCAUAUUUCAUGUAUUUAUUUUGUAUUUUCUGAGUGGCAUUAAUGAGUCUUCAGGUUUUUAGAAAGCUGCAUACAGUAUGUACUGUGUUAUUUCAUUAUUAUAUGUGUUAGAAGCUACUGAAAUCAUGCCCUUGAUUGGCUUAUAAGAAAUAUGCAUUGGUUAAUUAUCACAAAUGUUAUGAAAAGAUUUUAGAAUCCUGCUCUAAUUUACAUUCAGCAAGUUGAUAUAGACUCAAAUCAUUUUUUAAUGAUUCUUUGAAUAACAAGCUGAACUCAUCAAUGGAAGAGCCGUGGUGUAGUGGUUCUGACUCUCGCCUUGUAAACAGAGGGUCGUGUGUUCGAAUCCCACCACGGUCUAGCGUCCUUUGGCAAGGCGUUAAUCCACACUCUGCCACCCUCGACCCAUGUUCUAAAUGGGUACCUGGUAGGAUGCGAAAGAUAUUGUAUGUUUUAAUUUGCCAGCGCAAUAAUGAGGCUGCGAUGAAUGCAAAGAAUGCUCUCCAGGGAGUGGAAAUUGUGCACUUUUCGUGCGGGAUGGAAAUGAAUCCAAUGACCGGGGUAAUAAUACGAUGUAAAGCGUUUUGAGCCGUUCUGGGAAAAGCGCUAUAUAAAAAUUGGCUAUUAUUAUUAUCAUGAGGAGUUAAUGACAGGGUCCUUUACGUAGCUACUUCAGAGUCACAGACUUUUGAUCCAAUUAUUGAAUAACGGUGUGUUCAAUGUCGGUUUCCAAAUUCAAAUGGCAACAUGGUGAUUACAAAAUGCAGAUAUGAGAAAAAAAGGGGGUGUUCAAUGUCCACUCUUCCCGGUUGUAAAAGUAAUGUCUUUCAAAUCACAAUUCGGAGGAAAAUUUUAACGUUGGAAAAGAUGGGUUUAUAAACGCGAUCAGCUCAAAUUUACGACCUUGAGCAUCGCCAAUGCGACAUUGAAAACAAUUUAGUUUUGAAACGUCUUUACAUUUGCUCUCGCGGUGGAAGCCUAUACACAAACAGGUGCCAGAACUGACCUUUCUUGUGAUGGGUCAAAUUGCACACUAAAGCUGCGCUAAUGAAAGCGGGAAAUAUAAAGACGAUCAGCAUAGACAACUUAAUAUUUUCGACACUGAACGGUGCACCGCUGAUCGUACUUGUGUUGGGUGUUUUGGAACUGAGUUUUCAAUCACGAUUCAUGUUGCUGUUCAAAUUUGAAAAUCGACAUUGAACACACCCUAAUACACCUACAUGUAGUCAAGUUAGCCACAUUUCAAUUAUUUGACCAUUCAAUCAACUUGCGUGAUUGAGACUGUAAUCUAAAGAGAGCAAGUGUGUGUGGAGCUGCAGGUUAUUAUUUUUGCCAUUAUGAUUAUCGUAAGAAAUAUUCUGAUGCAAAAGACUACUCACAGUGGCUGGCAGAGCAGCCACCGCCAAUACGCUCUGGUCUUGCGUUAGUUCUUGUUGUAUUUUGACAAUGUCCGCUGGCAGGUUUUUUUGGUAAUGAAAAACAUGCAGCGAUAAAAAAAAAAGAAUGCAAGACUGGUAUGUAUAGGCAAAGCAGCCACUGUACGUAGUCUUCCACAUCAGAAUGUUUCUUACAUUUCGAGUAUCAGCAUCAGACUCGUAAGGGCAAAGACAAGCGCUGCAGCCUCCGCCUAGAUAAUAGGCUACUGUUGAGCCUGAAAAUACCUUUGAGUACAGUUUGCCAAAGAGAAAAAACUUGAUCACUUUGUAGAGAGGAUUUGUUACAGUAACUCCUAAAAGGAUUUGCACCCUUCCUAUUUCAUCCACCGUAAAUCGGGUGAUGUACAAUGUCAAUUUGAAAUGCAUUAAUAGCAGAGCUGCCAAGUUGUAUUUUGCAUUUUCAGUAUUCUUAUCCCCCAAAAUCAGUAUUUUGACAAAAAAUCAGUAUUUUUACCAUGUGAGAUAAAUAUUUUGUAUUUUCCCCCAAAAAAGUGUAUUUCAUAAUAAAAUGCUUGGCGCACUCGCCCAUCACGGCGCUCAAGCUGCAUGGAAGCUAAAAUGUGCACUGCUCUUGCAGAUGAAAAAAAAAAAACAUUGAAACUUGUGUAUAUCUCACCCUGGUUUUUACAAAAUGAUUGAAAAAAAAAGAAGUUACCUGAAAUUACAUUGAUCUAAUAACCAUAUUUGUGUACGUUUUAUGAAAUAGAGACAUAUAGAGAUGAUUUUUCUCAAUAAAUUUCGAUUUGUUUUUU